GUCAGACUAAUAUGUCAUUACUCGCUUUUCACUCGUAAUCUUUUAGACGAAUAAAUAAUCCUAGUUGCCAGAAAAUAAUAACUAACAUUUUAUUAAAUGAAAAAUAACGUUAGCCCUGGUACUAUUAUUUUCUGAAGUUAGGUACUCUUUUAAAUGACAUUGACAUAAACGUGAUUACAUUGGUCGUGAUUUAAAAUUUAUAAAAGGGGAUUCCUAGUUUCAAAUCAAAAGCAUCAAUUAUAAAAUUUCAUUAUGUAGUGUAGCGUGGAUUAUUUUCAAAAUGAAUUUAUUACCUUCUUAUACACAUCUAAAACAGCAAGUUGUAUAUAAUGUUGGAAGCAGUGAUAUUCAAGGUAAUCUUCUUAACCAACUAAAAGAGUUUUACAGAGAUGACAUAGACUCCACUAGAAGACUCGAACAAAUAAAAACUAUUGGACAACUUUUACGAGUUUUAGAAAUACGCGAUGUUCUAUCCGAAAACAAUGUAACGCCCUUGAAGGAAAUAGCUAGAAGAAUUAAAAACAAUGAAUUAUUAAAGAAAAUAAGCGAUUAUGAGCAGUCUCAUGAUCAUAGGGAACAUUUAAACUUUUAUGCCGCAGAAAAUACACAGAGUUUAUCAUAUUCCAAAGAAUCUGAAACAGCUUUACCACCUGGGCAUCCAUAUGGAAACAUAACUCUAAGAAAAAAGAACCGUAUUAAUGAAACUAUAGUAGAACAAAUUGGCACAUCUUGGAGAGAUCUUGCUAGAAAUCUGAAAUUGCAAGAACAUCGAAUAGAUGAAAUAGACAAACAACAAAAUCCACUAAAAGAUAAAGCUUAUGAGGUAUUGCAUGUAUAUGAAGACAGAGCUGACCCACAAAGAGGUUUUCUUAUUUUAUGUCAUGCUUUAGAGAAAUCUAGACGGAAAGAUUUGUGUAGAAAACUGCAAGAAAUAAUGGUUAUGAACAUAUAAAGAUAACUAAUAACAUACUCAUUUAGAUUAAGUAAAAGUUUAAUAAUAAAUAUAAUAACAUUUUA